CCUGAAUCCCUCUGACGGCCCGGCUCGCGCGCCCAGUCCAUCCGCCUCCGCAGUCGCCCCCCGCAAGAACCCCAUUAGCCCUGACUCUUAAGCCCGACACCCAAUAAUGGACAUACGCAAAUGGCUCAACGACAUCGUCCUCCCUGAGCAGCCACCCUCCCCCGGCCUCCCACAUCAGGACACACCUGCCCCUUUGCUCGAAUCCCAUGUUCCCGAAACCCGCCCAAAGCAAGGCCGCCGUCGAAAACGUAGUACCACGGACAGCUCAUUCCUCGAGGCACGUACAGUGCCGCCAAAGCCAAAGUCACCGCCCCCAAUCAGAAAGGAAGCCGAUACCGACGAGAGCCGGGAUACCAGCACCUGCAGCGACGCACAUCAGCCGCCAAACGCUUCAUCCGACUCCAGCUCCUCCAGCCAACGAUAUGCCCGUCGGCCCAGACGCAAGACGAGGCCGGAGCGCUACGAGCCAAAGUCAAAGCAUGUUAAGGAGCAGGGAGCGCAUGCAUCUCGCCAUCGGAACGGCGAAUCAAAGCAGAAGAAACGAAAAUCCAGGCGCAAGAAGUCCGAAAGGCCUGGUAUGGGUCUGGUCCAGAGCUUCCACGCCAAGAAUGUUCCUCAAGAUCGAUUGACGUUGAAGCCGCGGGAGAAACUCGGACUCUUCAACAAGGGGAGGGUGUCGUCGCCAGUCAAGGGACGUGGCCUCCCCGACCUAGUCUUUUCAGAAAUGAAGUUCCUCCAGAAACAAACCGACCAACCGGAAGCCACCGCCCAACCAGGUUUGACCAGGAAGAAACGCAAAAAGGACCACGCUCAUGCCAAAGAGGAAGAGAUCUCUGCCUAUUUCACUUCUGUGCGGCCGGCCCUAGCUGAGAGAGACGUGAAUACCCGAGCGAAGGGGGAUGGUCAAUGGCGCAUCCCAGAAGGAGCAGAAGGGGAGUGUGCUCGCUUCACGCAUGCAGAUAACGCCUUACCCACUGUCGAGGUCCCUAGAAGAGCGUCGUUUUUGGGAUUUGGUAGUAAGGGUCCGGAGCACAGGAGUGGAAGCUACAUCUCCUGGUCCGAGUCUAUACGGGCGCCUAGUGUCCCGCCACUACAGGCACGAGCAGGUUCUGCCUUCGACGCUGCUCACCUGAGCUCCGCCCGUGAUAACAGCAAUAAGAGGCCAGCACAAAGUGGUGGAGGUGACUUGCACUCACCGGCCUCUCCGUCUGCCUCUAGGGGGUUGCCCGACGGUAGUAAUGGAUGCUUUCAGAUGUCGUGUCUGACACCUGCAAAUCGCCGGCCGUCUCGGUGCCAGUCAUUUCCUAAUGCCACCAGUUCUAGCUGGCCAACCGGACUCUAUGCUCCCCCUGAGGGCCGCCAAACCGUCGUAACCGCACACUCUCUAUCGUCGCUGCCCACAGGAAAACCAGUCCGUGCCGAGGCGCAACGUGAUCGUAGACGCGCUGCACGUUCAAAGGAAGUUGAUGGCUCGGAGGAUACUUCGUUGCGUUCGAGGAUCCGCAUUCCACGUGGGGAUUCCGGCGGUCUCCACGAAGCCUUUCAAGAGGAUGGAGAUGGAUAUCCGCAAACUUCUUCGACGCUGGGCAGGCUACUCCAUCAGUGUGACUCUGCACUGGACGGGAUACCACAUCAAGCGCGAGUCAUGUGCGAACCCCCUGGUGACAUCAACAAUCCAGGCUCUAGUUGGGAUGAGGAAAGAGGUUCAGUCAACAUCAAUAUCACGGAGACAGAUCGAAGACCCCCUGUGGUGCGCUUUUCAGGGGUCGAGACAUAUCGCCCUUUGACAACUGAAUACGCAGGACCAAGUAUCUACGAAGAGCAGGAAAGGCGGGAACGGGAGGCUACCUUACCACAGCCUGGAUAUGGAGAUAGUUUGCAAAGCUUAUAUACCUUGGACCAGGAGGAAGAAUUGGACGAGUGGGAGGAGGACGUUGAUGCGCAUGUCCCGCGUCUUGGGAACACCGAUUGGGACGCAUUGCUUGAGAGGCCAGGCACAAUUGGAUAUAAUGGGUAUACAGAAGACGGCAGAGGCACGUCGUAUUUGGACACUGAUGAUGUUGUUGCCAAUGGAUUUUGGCGACCGCAUAAAUUGUAUUAGCGUUGAAGUCAAAAACGUCGUCUGAGAAGCAUCGGACAUGGAGUUGGAUCUCGCAAAGUGAUCCGUGCACAACUGGGGAGAUCUCCCAAUGUCCGAGCUC